AUGAUGGAUAAUACUGAAAUCCUUAUAUCUCUAGCCCAACAAUCAUCAACAUCACCUAUGUCAAUAAAAACUUAUGGUGAUAUUUAUUUAAAUAUUCAAACUACAGAACGUGCUGUAGAAUUUUUUGAGCAACUGGGCAUUCUCCCUAGAAUACGUUUCUGUUCUAAAUGCACAAGUGCUAUGCAUAAAACAAAGGAUAAUUCUCAUGGUGAUAAGCAGAAAUGGACCUGUACUUUGAAAACUGCUUGUGGUCAUGCUACUACUUUAAGGUCAGAAACGUGGUUAGCAAAAUCUAAGCCAUCCCUUGCACAAAUUGCCAAAAUUAUGUUUUGUUGGUCUCAUAGUUUGCCCCAAAAAUUUGCUGUUUUUGAAAGUGGAAUUAGUGCUCAUAUAAUG